AUGAAAGGUUUGGUUUUCUUAUUUGGUUUAUUGCCAACAAUCUAUGCUUCGUUAGUACACUUGACUCCUGCUAGUGAUGAUGACUUUUAUAAUCCACCUGCUGGUUUUGAAUCUGCCAAGAAUGGGGAUAUUUUGAAAUUGAGAAAUUCCCCUAACAAGCUUGCUAGUUUCUAUUUCCCUAUUGAUGUCAAGAAUGCUUGGCAACUUUUGGUCAAAUCUGAAGAUUCCUUUGGUAACCCAAAUGCUUUUGUUACUACGCUUAUUGAACCUUAUAAUGCUGAUCCAUCAAAAGUUGUGUCUUAUCAAACCUGGGAAGAUGCUUCCAACAUUAACUGUUCACCAUCUUACGGUGCCCAAUUUGGUUCUCCAUUAAGUACCAUUACUACCCAAAUUGACAUGACUUUGAUUGUUCCUCCUUUAAGAAGUGGUUACUAUGUUGUCACUCCAGAUUAUGAAGGUCCAAAGGCAACAUUUGCCGUGGGAAGACAAUCUGGACAAGCAACUUUGGAUUCAGUUAGAGCUAUUUUACAAUCGGGAUCUUUCUCUGGUAUCAAAGAAGAUGCUAAAGUGGCCUUAUGGGGAUACUCUGGUGGUUCUUUGGCCACCGGUUGGGCCGCUGCUUUGCAACCAGUCUAUGCUCCAGAGUUGCAAAAAAAUAUUGUUGGUGCUGCUGUUGGUGGAUUUGCCGCUAAUAUCACUGCUAUUGCUGAAUCUGUUGAUGGUACUAUUUUCGCUGGUUUGAUCACUCUUGCAUUGAAUGGUUUAGCUAAUGAAUACCCUGACUUGAAGAAAGCUUUCUAUGAAGAAAUUUCCGACUUUGCUGUUCCAGAAUUCAAAGCUGGUGCUGAAAACUGUUUAGCUGAAAAUAUUUUCCAUUAUCCGUUACAUCAAUACUUUACUGGUCCAAAGAGAGCCUUUGAUAAAGGUUGGGGGUUACUUAAAGAAGAUGUUUUCAACAAAAGUAUCCAAGACAAUUUGUUAAUUGGUUUGAAUAAGACCUACUUGCCUCAAGUUCCUGUUUUGAUUUAUCAUGGUACUGUUGAUGAGAUUAUUCCAAUCAAGGAUCCACAUGCCCAAUACAAACUUUGGUGUGACUGGGGUAUUGAAUCUCUUGAGUUUGCUGAAGAUUUGCUGACUGGUCAUUUGGCUGAAACAUUUACUGGGGCACCUGCUGCCUUAGCCUGGAUUGAUGCAAGAUUUGAUGGUAAAACUCCAAUUCAAGGAUGUCUGCACACAACCAGAUUGACAAAUCUUUUGUAUCCAAACACUUCUGAUUCUACUCACCUGUACUUCCUUGGUAUUUACCAAUCAGUUUUCGGUACUCCAUUAGGACCAGGUGUCAAUGGUGAUAACAUUUCUAUCAGCAGUGGAUUACUUGGUCUUGUAGGUAGUAUCAUUUAA